GGAAUGAUUUUCAGUUCUUCAGUGAUUUCAAUGAAAAGAACAUCGUAACGUGUUAGAACGUAAAUUGAGCAGUGCGUCGGUGAAAACAAAUGUGCCUUCAGAUGCUUUUCGAUAUCCUUUACGAAUUACUUGUUCAAUAUACCCGCAGACGGGUACGCAUAAAUAAAGAGUUCAAUAAUGUCCAAGUGUUUUGAGAUACAAUUAUAAAAGAUUCAAAAAAAAAAUAAAUAAUUUUGUUGAAAAAAAAAAAAAUAAAUUGCAUGAAAAUGGGAAUUUUAGCCAAACUUAAAGCGCCGAUUGCAACAAAUAAAUACAAUAUGGAGGAAUUGGCUAAGAGUAUAUCUAUGCAAAAUUCCGAAGAGAAUUCAAGUAAAAGUGAAACGUUCACAACAAAUACAAGUAAUGAUCAGGGUGUUGAUAUUGAAAAAAAUUCGAAUAAAAAUGUGCAAGAAACCGUUAAUGAUAAUGAGCCCAUGGAGCAAUCGGAGAAGUCUCAACAAAGUGUAAUAGAAAGUAAUCAUAAAUCAGUGGUUUCGAGUAGUGAAACAAAAGUUGCUUUAAGUUUUAGUGUUGAUCGUUUACUAAAUAAUGAUAAAGUAUUAGAUAAAGAUAAAAUUAAGAAAGAAAAAGAAAGUGAUGAGUGCUGUGAUAAUAGCGAUCAAUUUACUUGUUGUGCAAAUCCCAAUUGUCUAUUGAAUAGUCGCAACGCAAUACGCUUCCCAUCAAAACAAUUUGAGCUAUCACCUCCACGGCUGCGUAUUAGCGAAAACCUAUUGCAAAAUGAUAAACAGCAAGAGGAACAGCAACCGGAAGAACAAAAGGAACCGGAAGAAGAACAGCAACCACAGGAUGAACAACGUCAGCAACAAUUGCUCCAACAACAUUACCAACAGACCGCAAGUCAACAUUUUAUACAACAAAUACGUGAACAGCAGAGUCAGAAGUGCCAACAAUUGAUUGCACAAUUGAAAUCAUUCAACUCUCCUCUGGCGGAUAUAGAUUUAGGCAAGGUGUUUCAGAACUCCUUGCUUCCGUCGACUUUCAUGGAUUUUCAUCAAAUUGUACGUCCAACACCAAUACACGCUAUGGGUAGAGGCUGUGAUGUUGUAUCACAUUGUCCACCAUUUCCGCCACAAUACGCUCCGCCAUCUUUAAUAAGAUUUCCUACACCACAUGUGACUCAAACACAAUCUAAGCCACCUCCUCUCAAUUAUUCUCCAAUUUCAUCAAUGAUUCCACCACUUUGUGGACUGAAAUCGUUACAAAUGAAUCAGUAUUCAACAUCGCACUUUCGACAAACAUCACCACAUCGUUAUAGUAUAGCGAAGUCAAGUAAUUCCUUAGACAUUCCUACGGCCACUGCUUUAAAUUUAGCUAGCCAUCAUCAUCAACAUUUACAACAACAACAGCAACAUCAAAAUUCGCAACUCCCACAACAAAUCCAUUUAACAAGUACAGCCAGUGGUACUGGCGCUGGAUCGACUGGAAAUUCUUCCAUGCCCUGUAAUCCCAACAGCAACAAUAAUUUGGAUAACGCAAAUAAUGGAAAACGUAAGCGAUCGUGGUCUCGAGCUGUAUUCAGUAAUUUGCAGCGCAAAGGCUUAGAAAUACAGUUUCAACAGCAGAAAUAUAUUACCAAACCAGAUCGUCGUAAAUUAGCAGCACGUCUAAACCUCACAGAUGCGCAGGUAAAAGUUUGGUUUCAAAAUCGUCGUAUGAAGUGGCGUCAUACUCGCGAAAACCUUAAAAGCGGACAGGAGAAACAAAUUCCAACAGAGUCCGCUCAGGCUACGUGCAGUAAAUCUGCUAAAGGAACAAAUGACACAGUUAAGCACAGCCAAGAAGAGAUGGACUAUCUGACAGAUGCUUCAUCUAGCAUGGAUGUGAGUGAACCUGAACAAGAAGAUGAUAUUGAAAUUGAUGUUGUGGAGUAAGAGGAGUCUGGUAAAACAGUUCCUAUUCUACAAGGAUUCUGAAAGAAUUGCGGAUUUCAAACAGAGUAUAGGUUAAUUUGAAUGGUAGUUAAAUUAGUUAUUUUUCAAAACUCAAAGUAUUGAUAGAUGAAACAUAAAACAUAUUGUGAGUUCUAUUCUAUAAAGAAAGUCUAACUGUUAUUAAUAGAUUUCGAUCCUAA